AUGAGCCGAGCCUCAAUCGGCGGCUCUGCGUCAAACCUGGAGCUUGCGGCAGCGCCGCAGCUCCUGCGGCGGCCCCGGGCAUCUGCCCAGGAUUUGCUGGCCUUGGUAGGGUCCACGCCGCGGUGCGAGGACUGGGAGGUGGCAGAAAGGGCCAAGCGCGCGGUGGUGGGCGGCGGCAACGGCGGCGGCUCGGCCCGCGCCUCGCCGCGCGGCCUGCCCCCGCUGUCGGCCCGCAGCUGGCGCCGCGCGCUCAGCGCAGCCCUGGCCCUCGCCCUCUGCCUGGUGCUGCUGUUCAAGCACCGGUCGCUGUACCGCAACGGGCAGGACGCGGUGGCAGCCGCCUACUAUGGCCUCGACCCCGCCAUGCUCGGCCGCAGCGAGGCGCGCUACCCGGCCCCGCACUGCUGCCGCGACGAGGCCUGCGCGGCCAGGGGCAGCGGCAGCGGUGCAGCCAGCAGCAGCAGCAGCAGCGGCGGCGGCGGAGGAGGAGGCACCGGGCGCGUGGCGGUGGUCACGUACCUGCGUGACGACGCCUACACGCCGCUGCUGCAGCAGCUGGAGUGCACGCUGCGGCGCAGCAACCCGGGGCUGGAGCUGGGGCUGAUGAUGGUAGAGGGGGAGCUGGGUGCUGGCACGCUGGCGCUGGCCCGCGCCCUCAACAUCACCCUGCUGCCGGUGGCGCCGCUUGACUACCCAAACACAUACGACUGGAGGUACAGGCGCAACUGGCUCAAGGUGCGGGCGCUGGGGCUGGUGCAGUACGACGCUGUUCUGCUGGUGGACGCUGACGUGGCGGUGACGGGCGCCCUGCACCCGCUCUUCUCCAUGCCUGUGGAGUUUGCGGCGGCCUGGGACCAGAGCAAGUGGCUCAACAGGUUCCGCACAGUGGUGCAGGGCAUCAACGGCGGCGUGUUCCUGCUGCGCCCCUGCGCCGCGGUGGAGGCGCACAUGGCGGCGCUGCUGGAGGCGCACCCCAAGCUGCGCUUCACCCACAGUACCGCCGAGCAGGACUUCUUCGGAUGGUACUAUCGGUACACCGGCGCCACGCUGCCCAUCCAGUACAACUGCCAGGCGGAGCAGGCUCUGGGCGCCGACGGCCUGACGGUGGGCGGCAUGGUCCCCAAGAUUGUGCACUUCACCCGUAACAAGCCCUUCCACGGGCCGCAGCAAGGCGCACCGGGGCACCAGUACCUGUGCAGCCUGGACGACCUGCACCGCCGCUCCAUCCUGGCCGGCCAGAUGGCCUCGCCUGGCCUGGAAGCUGCCGAGGCAGCCGCGGCGGCCGCUGCGGCUGGGGCCCAGCCGCAAGGAGAGCAGGCCGCCGGCCAGCAGCACGGCGGCGAUGACGUGCAGCAGCAGCAGCAGCAGCAGCAGCAGCAAGAGAUGGUGCAGGCGCCAGCGGCAAGCGGCCAGGCGAGGCCUGAUGCGCAGCAGGCGCAGCAGGAGCAGCAGCAGCAAGAGCCUGACGCUACCCACCGCUUACUGUCGGCACAGUCUGGCCUCCUGCAGCAAGGCAGGAAUGAGCUGCCAUAG